UCAUCCUGAAGGGUCUGGAGAUGUCCCAGUGGGGUCUUGAUGUCCAGGGGGUCUCCAGGAUGUUCCCAGGGAUCCCUUGAAGGAUCUGGAAACUCCGAGGAUGGGCCCAGGAGCUCUGAGGAGUCUCUAGGAUGAUCUGGAGAUGUCCCACCAGUAGCCCCUAUGGCCCCAUAACCACUACAGCCUCAUCUCAUAGCCAUCCCAUAUCCUUAUCCCACGCCUUUAUCCCAUCCCAUAUCCAUCGCAUCCACCCCAUAGCCAUCUCAAACCCAUCUCAUAUCCCUCCCUCCACACCUCGUCCCCAUCCCCCACCCCAUUCCCAUCCCCAAUCCACGUCCCCACAGAUCCUCAUUGCAAACAGGGCUCCCCAGUGGCUGCGGGUCUGGCUGAUGGCAAAGUGCUGGGGCAGGUGGUGAUGCACCUUUCUCCAUCGCUGAGCUCACAUGGCCAUGAGUAGGCCCACUGCCUCGCUUAUUGCCUUGUCUGUUAAGCUUCUCUCCUGGCUACAGAGGCUGCCAGUAAAUACUAUUGCUCGUGUUACGUUGUCAUAGGCAAUAAAAUAAGCCUGUCCCAAAGACAUUGGUGUCUUUGUUCUCCCUGUUGAGCCCAUGGAUUGGCACAACAGCGUCAGCACGCGAUGGGCACAAAACUUGGACAUCAGCAACGGGACUUGAAAGGCCAGCAUCAGGAACGUCUCUUUUGGAGAGAGGCUGAGAGACUGGGGCUCGUUGAGCCUGGAGAGCAGAAGGCUCUGGGGAGACCACGUGGCUGCCUUUCAGCACACGGGGCCUCACAGAUCACCCAGUUCCAACCCCCUGCUGCGGCCAACAGUGAGAUCAGGCUCCAGGUCAGGUUGUGCAGGGUGCCAUCCAGCCUGGACCUGAACACCCCUCAGGAUGGGGUGCGCACAGCGUCUCUGGGCAGCUGUGCCAGCAGCUCACCAGCCUCAGCCUGUGUGACACAUGGCAGGUUCUCGUGCCGUUUGCCGAGUAAAGCACAGCGAUGGUCGAUAUUUCAACCUCACCUGGUGUGCGUGUGCCUGUGAACGCACAGGUUUCUGUUUAUUAGGCAGACAGCUGCUCUUACAGAGCCAUUAAAGUUAGGCUUGCCUUCCUGCGUACCGUAAUUCAGUAAGCUGAGCGGAACUGCUCCUGGAAGAGGAGCUGCCCUCUCCGUGCCGGUGACCUAACAGAGCUCCAGGUGACACGGGCUGAUGUCACAAUGCCAUGCGCUGCAUCACAAGCAGAUCUUCCCCGGGGCAGCGGCAGGGCCGGCACUUCCCUGCAGGGCCUGGGCGCUGCUGCAGCACUGCUCAGGGGCUCUGUCCUUCUGCGACCAGGAGUUGAUUCCGGGGCAGCCAGGCUGCUCUGGGUGACCCUCACUGACGCGUGGAGGAGCAGGGGCGCUUUGCAGAGAAUUGUUGGUUGGUUGAGGAGCCUUGUUGGCGGAGGGCAUCCUUAGUUCUGAACUGAGGCUGUCGGCAAGCCGCAUGGAAGGCUGCUGGACUGUGAGCGUCAGCUCGGAGCUGGCCUACGCGUUCCCAACGCUGCUGGAACUCUCUGCUGAAGAGAUUGUGGCAGUCUGGGACGCUGUGUCUGAUUACAUCCUGGAACAGAUGAAGCUGGACAAGGGAGUCCUGAUUCCGGGACUCGGGGUCUUUGCUGGGGUCCGAGAGCAAUUCCACAGCAAAGAAGAGGCGCUUCCGGUUCUAAGGCCUGUCUUCCAGCUGGACAUCGGGGUGCUGUGGCUGCAGGAACUCCAGUCUCCCAACGACAUCAUCCCUGACGACGUCAAGAUUGAGCCGCUCAACUACCGGCAGCUCUCGCGAGCCUCCGGCGUCCCGCUGCACUUGGUGCCACGCUGCGUGCGGGAGAGCGUGCUCCUGUACUGUCACCUCCUGAGGAGCAGGGAGCCCGUCUCGUUCGUGUUCAAGAACCUCGGCGUUAUGACCUGCCAAGACGGCUUCCUCCUCAUGAGGUUCUUCUGCAGCUGCGUUGAAACACUGGAGAGCAAUGCCCCCGUCCUCGCACUGAUCCACACCGUAAGUUGAGGAGGUUGUGAGGUGCGCCGUCGGAUCACCGCUGGCCAGCCUGGACGUGGCAGGCCAGUCCAGUGCCUUUCCCCACGCUUGCCCCCACGGCUUUCUCCACUGGCAAAGAGAUUUCCCGGAUCUCUGCCCAUGCAGAAAGCCUGGCAGUGCUCUUGCACGGCCUCGCUACUUUGCCAUCCUGCUCCUUCAGAGCAGAACAAAGCUCUGAUGUUCACGGAGGAGGCUUUGGUGGAGAGCAGCUU